AGCGCGCGGCUUCCUCCCCUCGGGGCUCGCCUUGGCCGGCUCGCGGAGAACUCUGCUAGGCGGCUCCUCUCCGACCCUGGGCUCAGCGGCGACCCCACCGGCGCAGAUAGAGGCCCCCGUGGAGAGCGCAACCCGGCCCAGCCACAGCCACCCCGGACCCCUGCUGCCAAGAAGCACCUGCCGCCACUGAGCUGGCCCGCCCCGCCCAGGGCUCCUUCCGUGGGAUCCUUCGGCCACCGCACGGGGAUGGAGAGGCUGCUGGGCUCCUGUCCGCGCUGCUGCCUGGCUGUGCUCGUCCUGCUGCCCACCCUGAGCCUGGCCCAGUACGAGAGCUGGCCCUCCUCGCUCCAGUACCCCGAGUACUUCCAGCAGCCGGCCCCCGAGUACCAGCAGCCCCAGGUACCCUCGGACGUGGUCAAGAUCCAGCUGCGCCUGGCCGGCCAGAAGAGAAAGCACAGCGAAGGCCGGGUGGAGGUGUACUAUGACGGCCAGUGGGGCACCGUGUGCGACGACGACUUCUCCAUCCACGCCGCCCACGUGGUCUGCCGGGAGCUGGGAUACGUGGAAGCCAAGUCCUGGACUGCCAGCUCCUCCUACGGCAGAGGCGAAGGGCCCAUCUGGCUGGACAACGUCUACUGCACCGGGAAGGAGGCCACCCUCGCGGCCUGCACCUCCAACGGCUGGGGUGUCACCGACUGCAAGCACACGGAAGACGUUGGGGUGGUGUGCAGUGACAAGAGGAUUCCUGGGUUCAAAUUCGACAAUUCGGUGUUCAACCAGAUAGAGAACCUGAACAUCCAGGUGGAGGACAUCCGGAUCCGGCCCGUGCUCUCAGCCUUCCAGCACCGCAGCCCCGUGACCGAGGGCUUCGUGGAGGUGAAGGAGGGCAAGACCUGGAAGCAGAUCUGUGACAAGCACUGGACGGCCAAGAACGCCCACGUGGUCUGCGGCAUGUUCGGCUUCCCUGGGGAGAGGACCUACAACGCCAAAGCCUACAAAAUGGUCGUGGCGCGGCGGAAGAAGCUGCGCUACUGGCCGUUCUCCAUGGACUGCACGGGCACCGAGGCCCACAUCUCGAGCUGCAAGCUGGGCCCCCAGGUGUCGCUGGGCCCUACGAAGAACAUCACCUGUGAGAAUGGGCAGCCGGCUGUGGUCAGCUGUGUGCCCGGCCAGGUCUUCAGCCCCGAUGGACCCUCCAGAUUCCGAAAAGCCUACAAACCAGAGCAGCCGCUGGUGCGGCUGAGAGGCGGUGCCCAGGUGGGAGAGGGCCGCGUGGAGGUGCUCCGGAACGGAGAGUGGGGGACCAUCUGCGACGACAAGUGGGACCUGGUGUCGGCCAGCGUCGUGUGCAGAGAGCUGGGCUUCGGCAGCGCCAAAGAGGCCGUCACGGGCUCCAGGCUGGGGCAAGGGAUAGGACCCAUCCACCUCAACGAGAUCGAAUGCACAGGGAGCGAGAAGUCCAUCGUGGACUGCAAGUUCAACGCCAAGUCUGAGGGCUGCAGCCACGAGGAAGACGCUGGUGUGCGGUGCAACAUCCCCGCCAUGGGCUUCCAGAAGAAGCUACGCCUGAAUGGGGGCCGCAACCCCUUCGAGGGCCGAGUGGAGGUGCUGACGAAGAAAAACGGGUCGCUCGUGUGGGGCACGGUGUGUGGCGAGAACUGGGGCAUCGUGGAGGCCAUGGUGGUGUGCAGGCAACUGGGCCUGGGCUUUGCCAGCAACGCCUUCCAGGAGACCUGGUACUGGCACGGAGACGUCUACAGCAACAAAGUGGUCAUGAGCGGAGUGAAGUGUUCAGGCACGGAGCUGUCCCUGGAGCACUGCCGCCACGACGAGGAUGUGUCCUGUCCCCAGGGCGGCGUGCAGUACGGGGCCGGAGUCGCCUGCUCAGAAACCGCCCCCGACCUGGUCCUCAACGCGGAGAUGGUGCAGCAGACCGCCUACCUGGAGGACCGGCCCAUGAUCAUGCUGCAGUGCGCCAUGGAGGAGAACUGCCUGUCGGCCUCGGCCGCGCUGACCGACCGCAACACGGGCUACCGCCGGCUCCUGCGCUUCUCCUCCCAGAUCCACAACAACGGCCAGUCCGACUUCCGGCCCAAGAAUGGCCGCCACGCCUGGAUCUGGCACGACUGCCACAGGCACUACCACAGCAUGGAAGUGUUCACCCACUACGACCUGCUGAACCUCAACGGCACCAAGGUGGCCCAGGGCCACAAGGCCAGCUUCUGCCUCGAGGACACUGAGUGUGAAGGAGACAUCCAGAAGAGUUAUGAGUGUGCCAACUUCGGCGAGCAGGGCAUCACCAUGGGCUGCUGGGACAUGUACCGCCAUGACAUCGACUGCCAGUGGGUAGACAUCACCGACGUGCCUCCUGGAGACUACCUGUUCCAGGUUGUCAUCAAUCCCAACUACGAGGUCUCCGAGUCCGAUUACUCCAACAACAUCAUGAAGUGCAGGUGCCGCUACGACGGCCACCGCAUCUGGAUGUACAACUGUCACAUCGGUGGCUCCUUCAGCGAUGAGACAGAACAGAAGUUUGAGCACUUCAGUGGACUGCUUAACAACCAGCUCUCCACGCAGUGAGGAGCCGCCUCGUGGCCACCUCUGUCUUUGGGCCACGCCACACCUUCCUGUGACUCCCCCCACGCCCCCAGGGACAGAGUCGGCCCGAUGGCCACAUCCUCGUCCCCCAGAGCCCCCAGCCGUCCAGACCCCUGCAGCGUGUCCCAGCUCAGGAAGAAGGGGACGCGCCCGUCAUUCUCCAGGUGCUGCUGUCUGACCUAUGUAUUCAAAGGCCUCCAGGGCUGGGACCCACCCACAGGGCUGUGCGAACUGAGAGCCAGCGUUGCCCACGCCGCCAGGUGCACACCCGGGCCAUCACAGCUGGUCCCAUCCACACCACGGCCCACGGAGGCCUGCCGUGGCCCAGCCCUCCACAGAAGACCUGGGCCAUUUUCUCAAGGUGCACGUGGGUGAACGUGACCCCACGAGUGGUCAGGCUGAAUCCCGUUCCUCCCCCUCUUUGGUCAUUUCCAGCAAACUUGAAUAUCUACACCUCUAUUCCAACUUAACCAACUGCCUCUACUCUAGUCUACAAAUAGGAUCGCCCCCUUGUCCACGAGAGACCGUUCCUAGGCCCCUAGAGGAAGCCUGAAGCCACGUACGGUACUGAACCGUGGGUACACCGUGUGUCUUCCGGUAUAUACUCACCUAGGAUAAAGUUUUAUUUAGGCACAGGAGGGGAUUAGUAGCUGGUAGCAGUAAGAUAGAACUGUAACAAUAUAUUGUAAUAAAAAUUAUGUGAAAAUCGUCUAAGUA